UUCUCUCCCAAGAAAACUUCUCCAAUUUCCAACUUCCCAAGAAAACGUUUCAACUUCCUCUCUCUCCCUCUCUCUCUCAAGGAUUCCAAUUAGCAUUCUCUCUCUUCAAGCAGAUGUUCAUUCUUUCUCCAAAUCCCUAAAAAGCAGCCAUGUUCUUUCUCUUUCUUAUGGAGCCAGCUACGAAAGGAUCCCUCUCUACCACUUUCUCCUUUUCUUCACUUUAUCCCUCAACCCAUUGAGGAAAUAAGCAGCAAAUCGAACCACUAGCGAUUCCCUCUCCCUUAGUCAUUAAUCUCUUCAAACCCUAAAGACCCAACUUAAGAUAUUCCAUCAAAUGUCUGAAAGUUGAGAACUUUUUCAAGUUCUUUUUGCUCCUAUUAAAAAUCUCAAAGAUUCUAGAAUUUUGUGUGAGAUGAAGCUGUCACUAUCAUGGUGUGUAAACGUUUUCCUUCUUCUAUUUUCUUGAUCGAGAGAGCUCUGAAGUAAAUGCGAAGGGAAAGGAAAAAAAAUAGAAAAAUGGCAGCAAUGACUGCGCUUCAGAGUUCAAUGGCGGGACUUUCUCUCUCUUCUUCUUCUUUGUUUUUGGGGCAGCCCUUUAUCCCAUCUCUCGCCUCUCCAUCGGUCCCUGAAUUUUGCCCUGGGAAGAGAAUCCCAGAAAAUAUACUUAUAAACUAUGUUGGCAAGCAAAAUGUUCAGGGAGCAACAAUAGAAGCAAUAUUGAAGAAAACCCUUCCUCAUGCAGUGUCUUCGAUUGGUGAUCUUGUGGUACUUGAUAUAUUUGCAACAACAGUUGAGGAAGAUGAAUCAAAAGCCCUAAAAAUUCCAUCUGUUGAGAGGAAAGGAAAUUGAUGGUGGCUAAAACUGCAGGUUAAUCUGGUGCACGCGCUUUUCACUUACUGUGGUUUGGCAUUAUCGAACAAUUUACAAAUUAUGUAUAUCAAUGGAGACCUUUUAGCUAAACAGAGGAUACUUUUUUGUUUUAAUGAAAGAGGAAUUUUAGUCAUGUAAUUUGGACAAAAGAAAAAAAUUUGUACUAAAGUCAUUGUAAUGAACUAAUGAAUUAUUCCUUA